GCACCAGGUUUCCCUUCCUCCGGACGAUCACGUAUUAUGUUUCGAUUUCUUUUACUACAUAAGCGCCCAUCAUACAUGGGAAUGGGAAUCAGACUAUUCUCCUGCAUGGAGAUUUGUGGGCCAACACAUACGAUGGGCUGCAAGCAUGGAAAACAUUGCCGAUGGGCAUGCCCGACGCGCCAUGAAUGUACCAGUAACUGACCCAACACAUGGUGACUUCAGCCAGCAAUGCGGGGGAGUUUCCAGUGGACCAGUGCUUCGCCCCGUUGUCUAUUAUUGCGCGCGGGGUGCCUGAGGUGCAAGAAGAGCUUCGCACACAAAAAGGGAUUGAUGCCACGCAUAUUAUCAUGACGAGCGACGAAAGGGGCCCGGAAUGGUGGUUAGAUGUUAGAGCGUUGGGGUGGACGUGGGUAGAUUAUGCAGCGGAGCGGACAGAGGAGAUCUAUGGAAAAUGGCAUCUGUCGAAUGGAACUAGCUUCGUUGGCACUCGUGGUUCCACAAUAUGCACACUAGCUAGCCGCAGAGUACGGUCAUGGCAUGACGGAGCGACUCGGCUCAUUAGAUGGGAGUGGCCGGGCGCGGACGACCACUGAUGCUGAUUAGAAUGCUAGAAUCGAGACUACUUUG